AAUUAGCCUUCCCCUCGUGCUGGCUUCCCUCCCUACCAUGGCUACUGGCGAAGACAUCUCCCCUGCCCUGCAGGACUCAUGGGGCGACUUCUGGCUCUUCCGUUUCUUUGUUAAUGCUGCUGGCUAUGCGAGUAUUGUGGUGCCAGGAUUCCUCCUCAUCCAGUACUUCAAGAGAAGGAAUUACCUGGAGACAGGCCGAGGCAUUUGCUUCCCUGUCAUUAAGUCAUGCGUGUUUGGCUCUGAGGUGAAGUCUGUACACCAGGAGGAUGGCUCCCUGCCACCCCGAGCGGAGCCCACGGAGUCCUCUACAGCCCGACAGGUCUUCAAGCUGCUGUUCUGUGCUGCUGGUCUACAGGCCUCCUACCUCACAUGGGGCGUCCUCCAGGAGCGUGUGAUGACGAGAACGUAUGGUGCCACUGAAACAGACCCUGGUGAGAAGUUCAAGGACUCCCAGUUCCUAGUGUUCAUGAACCGCAUCCUGGCCUUCACGGUGGCUGGUCUGUACUGCGCCCUGACCAAGCAGCCACGCCACGGGGCUCCUAUGUACAAAUACUCCUUUGCCUCCCUCUCCAACAUUCUCAGCAGCUGGUGCCAGUAUGAGGCACUCAAAUACAUCAGCUUCCCCACCCAAGUGCUGGCCAAGGCCUCCAAAGUGAUCCCUGUGAUGAUGAUGGGCAAGCUGGUGUCACGCAAGAGUUAUGAGUACUGGGAGUACCUGACUGCUGCCCUCAUCUCCGUGGGAGUCAGCAUGUUCCUGCUCUCCAGUGCUCCCAACAGGCAUGUGUCCACUGUCACCACCUUCUCAGGCGUAGUCCUCUUGGCCGGCUACGUAAUCUUUGACAGCUUCACCUCCAACUGGCAGGAUGCCCUCUUCACCUACAAGAUGUCUCCUGUGCAGAUGAUGUUUGGCGUCAAUGUCUUCUCCUGCCUUUUCACGGUGGGCUCGCUCUUGGAGCAGGGUGCCUUGCUGGAGUCGUUACGCUUCAUGGCCCGCCACUCAGAGUUCACAGCCCACGCUGUGCUGCUCUCGGUGUGCUCUGCCUUUGGCCAGCUCUUCAUCUUCUACACCAUCAACCAGUUUGGAGCAGCCGUCUUCACCAUCAUCAUGACACUCCGCCAGGCCUUUGCCAUCCUCCUCUCCUGCCUCAUCUAUGGGCACACUGUCACUGUUGUGGGUGGGCUAGGCGUAGCUGUCGUCUUUGUGGCCCUCUUCCUCCGCGUCUACGCCCGCAGCCGCAUGAAGAAGCGCAGUAAGAAGCUCCCGCCGGGCGAGACGCCUGUACAGAAGGUCUAAGGAGCUGGGGCCAUGGCAUUUUAAGCCAUGCCUGCUUGUCCUGCCUCUACUCGGGGGUACUUGCUUGAUUUCUCAGAACUCGCUGAGGAGCAGGGUGGGGUAUGGAUAAGCUGGACUAGUGACUCACUUUUCCACCUGCUUUUCCUGGGAAAGGAGCUGGAACAAGCCCAGAAAAUGCUCUGGGCUGCCACAGCUCCAAACCUUUCCAUUUGCCUUAAUAGGUCAAAGACUUCCAGCCAAGGCACGGGCUUGGGGGCUCGAAUCCUGGGGGAAAACCAGCGUGGGGCUGGUGGUACUCCUGCCCCACUUCUACCUUGUGGCUUCUCUCCAAAGUCACUGAUGAACAAGGGAGCUCUUUUCCCUGGCACCGUCUUGCCUCUGGCUAACGCUCCCCCAUUUCUGUUACUACUACAGAGCUCAGCAGGAGGAAGGGGCAAGCAAAACACUAGCUUCCUUUUUGAAACAUCUCCACGUGAGGCAAGUCCCAAGC